AUGGGGAGUCAGAGUCAGAGUCAGCAACUCAUGGGAUGGAAUUUUAAGAAUGAUUUCGACCAAGUUCCAUUCCCUAAGAAUGAAUUCGGCGAAGUUCCUUUCUCUCCCACGUACCAAAUACCUUCAUCUGACUUCAGCGCAAAUGACAGCGGAUGUUUAGGACUGGAUUGGCCUUAUGGAUUAGCCGUACCUUGCACGGGACCGGAUCCUUUAUUCGAAGAAACCCUAGCCAUUGAACCAACACAAAGCGUGCAAGACUAUGACUUUUACGACCUCGAUAUUAAGAAGGGACUAGCAGUGUGGAAUGAGAUUGACGAUGGGUUUGAUUCAGAUAACCCUGUUUAUGUACUCUGCAAGAAAGGAGAAAGUGGGAAGGAAGUGGAGGAGGAAGAAAGCGAGGUGAAGCGAACAGGCAGAGAAGAGAGAAGUGGCAGCACCAAGUUGUUGUCAAGGAAGGCUAUUUCUCAGUACUUCUAUAUGCCCAUAACACAGGCUGCCAAGGAGCUUAAUGUGGGCCUAACACUUCUGAAGAAGAGGUGCAGAGAAUUGGGAAUAAGAAGGUGGCCUCACAGGAAACUGAUGAGCCUGCAAACUUUGAUAAACAAUGUGAAGGAGCUAGGAAAAGAAGGGGACCGAGACAGUGAAGAGAAACUGAGGAACGCGCUUGAGAUACUGGCUAAGGAAAAGAAGUUGAUGGAGGAGAUGCCGGAUUUGCAGCUUGAGGAUAACACAAAAAGGCUCAGACAGGCUUGUUUCAAAGCCAACUACAAGAAAAGGAAGCUCAUGGGAUCUUCAGCGGAAUUGGAGUCUGCAAGGAAUGGAAAUAAUUAUGACGAUCAAGUACAGGACAUCAAGCAUCUGUUGCCACCAGUCCCUCUCCAUUUUACAACAUAAAUGUUCUUUCCAGCUUCACCUCCUUCUACUAAUAAUUAGUUUCCCCUUUUUUUUUUUUUUAAGACAACGAGGGGGGAGGGAGGAGGAUGUUGGUGACAGACUGAUUCUGGAUGUUGGUGUCUGUCUGA